CAUUUUAUUCACACAUCUGUUCCUGCACACAUCGAUUUUAUUCAGACUGGACUUUUAUAUAAAAACAAAUUAAAGAAGUUUCUAGCCAAAUCCUUAGAGAGUGAAUGAAAUUUUCCACUAUUUUAGCUAUAGUUACCCAAUAGCAUCGACAUGACGCAGUACUAUGUCUUUGACGUAAUCCUUGUGAACUCCACCUUGCCAGUUCCCCGCAAGUCUGCAAGUUUCAGUGGCGGUUCGAGGCCCAUCUACUCGGUUCGGCUGUUCGAGGACUUCGAGGAGCUGUCCCUGGAGCGCAUCUUCGUGGAUCAGUUUCCCAUGGAUGCAUUGGGUGGCUUCACCACCAGUCCCUGCGAGCUGAUAGGCGCCCUCACCUCCAAGGGCGUGGGCGUGACGCUCAAGGAGAACGACGAGCUCAUUGGAUCGGGCAACGCCAUGCUGGACUCCCCAAUCCUGCGCCAGCUCACUGACCCCACCUUUUCGGUCACCCAGAGUGUUACAGUUCAGCUGACCAAAGGGCCCAAGGCCGACAGAGUGGGUGAGGUGGAGCUGCUCUUGAAGAUCAGCUCCGCUCCACCGGAUAUAAACUACGGCUUGAUUCCGUUUGGCUGCUAUGACGUGUGCAAGCCCGUGGAUCAGUCGAUCAACAAGAAGGACAUCAUCUUCACCCUGGGUCGUUCCGGAAAGUGUGCCACGAACAGCUGCAUCACGGACGAGCGCCUGAUGUCGCACGCCGGCGCACCCUUCCAGUGUCCACACGCCGCCAGCCAGAAUCAGGAGGGUCAGGACAACAAAGGAGGUGCCUCCUCCAGGUGUGGUUGUUUCCUCAAAGGAAUGCAAUUACCGCCGGAUGUGGGCACGGAGAAGAAGAGGGAAAAGGCGGCGCUGAAGAAGCUCAUCGAUGAACUGGGUCUGGAUCAGAUAAAAGUGCCCAGUCCUCCAGACUCGCACGCAAAGUCCCGCUGUUGGCACUGCAAGUGCAAGCAGCCGAGUACCAGCACGGAUACCUCCUCCUGCGACACCAAUGAGUUCAAGGCGGAAAAGCCUCCCAGGAAGAGGAAGGCCCUAUCCUUGACUGCCUCCAUGGAGCAGGGCGCUCGCCGAAGGCUCAUGGGCACUUGCCCGGUGAAAGAGCCCGUUCUGAAACAGGAGGCCUACAAGCCACCGAAUCUUUGCCAGCUCUGCCGCUCCGACAUCAGUUGGCUGCCCAAGAUCUCCGCCUGUCCCUACUGCGGCUACAAGACCUUCGAGGAUAUACCUUCCAGCGAGCAGCCCUACGAUCUCACGGCCACUGCCCAGCAACUGCUGAGGGACUGCCUGCGCAAGGAGCCCUGUGAAUUGGACCAGUCCGGAGCGUCGGCGGAUGAUGAGGCCAUGGGCGACAAGAACAGGAAAUCCCUGGAAAAGGAUGAUCCCAAUGUGCCGAAGCAAUGUGGCUGCCAAGGCGGAAAGCCCUGCACUCGAUGUCGCAUCCGCAAGCUCUGCGAUAACUUUUUCAAGGAAAAUGAGUGCAAGACGGAGCCACUGCCACAGGCACUUCCUCCAGCUGCAGCCAAAUCCCAAACGGAUAAAAAAGACGUUGGGCAAACCAACUCGGACACCUCACUGCGUCGCUCUCAACUGGUCUCCAUCUUCACGGAGAUGCGGAACAUGUACGGCAAGAAGAAGGGAGCCGACGAGGCGGAUGCGGUGGCCGAGGAGCUGAGGAAGGAGUGCGAUGCCGCCUGCCGGAACAGCAAGUCGUCCAAGGCGCGCCGGAAGGCCAGGAAGGCGCUGCAGAAGACGCUGGCCGAGAUUGACAGGGCCUAUCCCAAGCCACCCAGAAUGCAUGCCAAGAAGAAGCGCACCCACCACAAAAAGUCUCGAUGCUACACCUUCCUGAAGCUGAGGAGGGAAUCCAAGGAUUCCCGCAUCGGCCAUGUGGACUGCAUCUCGGGCAGCAAGCACACGGGCUACUGCAAGAUUCCGUGCCACAUGGGCUGGAUGUGGACCAAAAGCGAGAUGGCGCGCCACAAGUCGUGGCGACCAGGCGCCAUUUCGCGACCCAUCCGCCAACUAAUGUCCUACUUUCUGAAGGACUUUCCUGUGGAUAACAUCUGUCUGUCGCGUUACCACUACAGACACCGAAAGGGCCGCAAGGCCCAGGAGCUGGAGGAGCCACUAGUGCAGCAUCCCACGCUGCACAUAAGUCGGAAGGGAGAUGAGUACAUCAUCACCUUGCGUCCAUUGAAGGAUCCCAAGGCCCUGGCCUCCAGCGCCAACCCUUAUGCGGAUAUGAAGCCCGUAGUCUUCCGUAUCACUAAGGAUCCCAUGGCAGCAGGACUCCGCCAGAUGAGGGUGAACCUGCAGGACAAGGGCUUCGCCCCAUGCACUUGUCGUCGUCCGGUGGCCAGUUGCUUUUGCCGCAGUCACGUCGAGAAGAAGCGGAUUCAGUACGAGGUGGAGAAGGAGUGUCGCCAGCGGGGUUGGCCCAACAACUCGGAUACCUUCGUGUACUCGCCCAACAGCGACGACGAUGACAGUGAUCGGGAGUACGAUUUUGGGGUUACUCCUCCGGCUGGAGUCAUCAAGCCCGAUCGGGUGCGUCAGCCGGACAGGGCGCACGCGGAAACGCAGUACGUGGAUCACGACUGGGCCGCUCCCACCAUGUACCCGCAUCCGGCCAACAUGCUGGUCCAAUACGGCGGAUGCGUGAUGGGCGAGCGAAAGAAGAUGUUCCCCUGGAUCUACGGCAAGGGCAAUGUCCACGCGGAUCCGCCGAAGCCGCGCCUGCGCAAUCCGCCCAAGAAGAAGCCACGCAAGCAGCUGCCCUUCCGGAAUGUCGGUGGCUACGAUGAUCCCCGGAGGUUCGAUCCAGCGCCACUGAACAGACCUUGGCACAGGUCCAACUAACUGACGGCGGAGUCCAGUUGUUUUGAUUUAAGCAAUCACAAGUACACUUGAAAUCUUUGAAUAAAUGACGGCUCCGGCAAGAAUUGCCUGUAA